AUGCCCAUGGCCGGCCUCUUCCGGUCACCUCAUCCCUCCAUCUACGCUCCUCCACCACCGUCAUCUCACCGGGUGCCACCAAUCCGCCGCGCCACCACGAGAAUUACAAGCAGCAGCAGCAGCAUCAACAGCGAGUCCUCCUCCACCAACACCAACACCACCACCAAAACCGCCACGACGGUGAAACUGACGUACCUAGAGUUCAACGGGUGGCUGUGGGAGCUGGACGGCGGCCGCUUCCGCGUCCUCGUCGACCCGCUCCUCGUCGGCAACCUCGACUUCGGCAUGCCCUGGCUCUUCGACGGCGCCAAGAAGACGCUCCCCAAAGACGGCCUCCAGGACCUCCAGGAGGACCUCGCCGUCGUCGACCUGCUCCUCAUCACCUCCAGUCUCGAUGACCACUGCCACGUCCGCACGCUCACCCGCCUCGCCGCCAUCUCCCCCGACCUCCCCGUCGUUGCCACGCCGAACGCGCGCCCCAUCCUCGCCGCCCUCCCCUUCAACGACGUCAUCUACCUGGAGCCGGGCCAGUCCACCACGGUCGUCGGUGCCACCACCGACUCCGAAGCCACGGUGCUGGCCACCCCCGGCCCCGUAAACGGGCCGCCGUGGCAGCGCCCGGAGAACAGCUACAUGGUCACCACCACCGGAAAGGGACAGCGCAAACACAACAUCUACUAUGAGCCGCACUGCAUGUACAACGCCGGCUUCCUGCGCGACCGCGGGCUGCACGCCGACGUGGUCAUCACGCCUGUCGUCAAGCAGCAACUCCUGGCCACCUUCACCCUCGUGUCCGGCCAGGAGGACGCCGUUGAGCUCGCCCGGCUGCUCCGCGCCGCGUACAUAGUGCCCAUGAGCAACGGCGAGUGCGACGCAAAGGGGCUCCUCACCGCCGUCAUCUCCACCCAGGGCACCACGCAAACCUUCAAGGACCUGCUUGCCGACGCGCUCCCCCAAACGCAGGUCGUCCAGCCCACGCCCGGCGUCCCGCUCUACCUCCACUUCCAGGACGACAACAACACUUCUGCACCAUCGUCGUCGUCAUCAUAA